CCCAGUCCCAUACUCGGCAGGGUGAUAAGCUAUUCGAAUUAUUCCAACGUAAGUUGUUGUGCGGUUAUUACAGUGAAAUAUCGUUUCAAUAAACACGUCCGUCGCAAUGUUAAUAUAUUGGUGCCUUAUGUUUUUUAUAUGCCUUCUGGUAGGCCAGUGUUACAAUAGUGAUAUAAUUUUAGAAAACUAUGAAGAUCCUAUAUGUCAAUUUAAGACAUGUAUAAACAAGUGCUGCUCCAGAAAUCAGUACAUGAACACAACAAUAUGGUAUAUGACAAGCUGUGUAGAUAACAACGAGAAUUUUGAUUUAGACAUGUCUGAUUUGCAACUGUAUGAUACUGAGGAUCAUUCGAGGACGAUUGACAAGAAGCUUGGUGAUGUGUUUCUUUUGAAGCCAAAUUUAUUUACGCGUAAUGAGACGUUUGCUUACCUCUCGGCCCGAUUUGAUAUCCUAAAAGUCAUAAGUUACUUAAACGAGGAUGGAGAUCUAUAUUUAGAGUCGCCAAACGCUUACAUACGAUGGAGGAAAAUUGACAAAGCUGAUUUCUGUGUAGACUAUGGAAUUAAUAACAACGUAUCCCAAAUUCAGUUCUGGGGAUUACUUGAAGAUGAAUAUCAGCCUCCACCGUACAAAACAUUUUAUCAGAGUUCCGGUCUUAUUAUAUCAUCGAUAUUUCUAUUUCUUCUCUUCCUGGUAUACUGUGCUCUGCCGGAACUGCGAAAUAUCGGUGGAAUGGUGCUUAUGGCCUAUGUUGCCAGCUUAUUGGGAGCUUACGUAUCCCUAGCUGUGUUGAAUUUGGGCCGGCUGUCAGAAACCGACUGUAUAGUAAUAACCACUUUCAUAUAUUUCUUUUUCCUCUCUGCAUUCUCGUGGAUGAAUGUCAUGUCGUUUGAUAUCUGGUGGACGUUCCGUGCGCACCGUACACAAAAGCAGAGAUUAAUGGUAUACUUAAAGCUGUCGGUUAUAAUGGGAAUUAAUUGGAUUCUUGAAGUGAUCAGCUCCUUUUCUCCACGACUAAAUAUUUGGUUAAUUUCUGACACAUAUAAUCUUCUUAUCGGAGUCACAAUUUUCUUAAUAUUUGUAUGCAAGAGGUCUAUCUACAAUAAGUUAAUGAUCAGAUUCAGGGUUAUGCGACAAUACAACCUCCCAAAGAGGUCUCUCACUUCUAGCUUCACAUUGGAAUCAAAUUUGAGUCAAGAAGCACCACCCAAUGUUUGUGCGAACCCCAAAGGGGAAAGGAAACGGUCAUUGGAACAAAAACCUACAUUUGAAAUUUAAUUAGCAUAAAAAAUCCAUCGAAGAGACACACGGUUUCUUUCAUAAAAAACUUCUAAAUGGUUCUGUGAACUUAAAUACAAAAGAUACCAAAGAAAUAACACAUUCGACUAGGAAUAAUUUCUGGCGUUAUUGCUAUGGAUGCCUAUUCUUUAUUUGACUACUAAACGGUGGAAUAUGAUUUAUGGAAUACCAUUUAAAUGUACAUAUUGAUUUUUUUAUUUAUGAUGCUAAGUCAUCAAGAAGGAAAACGCAGUACAAAAUGACGUGAAUAUAGACAGCAUAAAUAUGAUAAUUAGAUGACCUGCUGGCGGACACUGUAGGAGUUUUGAUAUAUAAUUUAUGUAACAAACCCGCGCAUAUAUUUCUCUGUAUCUAGCUCAGAAAUUAACUAACAACAAUCCUCGUCUGAUUUUCAAAUGAAAUAAUUUUUUAUUGAUUUUUCUAUAUUAUCAGAUCGGGCAACCGAGUCGGUGCCUGUCAGAAGGGAAGCAAUAAUCACCAUCCAUGAAUAGGGUAGAGGUCUAGCAAAAAUGUGUUGUCCGCUUAUAUAGGAUAGGAUAAGGAAAGGAUUGACGGUAGAAACAAAGGAAUGAAGUGUAAAAAAGGGAACGGACUUGAUACACUCAUCUGUACAAAUUACAAGUUCUCACGUCGGCAGAAACGCCUGGUGUGGUCUAGUAACUCUUAGAGACCUACGUAGUUAAUAGCAUAUACGGUAAAUGGCAGGGAUUUUAUGGAUAGGAAAUUCCGGAUAGUUUCGGUUUCGGAUCAUAUCUAAUAAUGACCAAACGAAAAUCAAGUAAUCGCCCGACUCGCAUGCAGUCGGGUCGAUCUUCCACUGAGUAAAUUUCAAUAGGUCUGUUUGCCUUGCCAAAUACCUUCCUGGGUUUUUAGGUGUUACAGAUAAAAAACCUGUCAUUCCAUUCGAAAGCUAUUCUUUUCUAUGAUUAUUGUUAACACGUGUUGGCUAGUAAUUAGUGAGUGAAGAGAAGAUCAACGCGGAAACAAUUGAUUUAUAGUCAUCUCAGUCCAACGACAUGUAUCAAGUCUAACGAUAUGUAUAGUCGUAUCAUUUGUCUCUUUCAUAGCGCGAAGUGUCUUCUAUAAAAUGACUGUUCGUAGUUUUAGUACCACUUUUGCCAUAGGUAUAAAUACGAUAUUGUUUAUGUAUAGACCUAUCAUAUGU